ACGCUGUUCACUUGUGUCUGGAAGAUCUUCUCUGUUUAAAUACUCUUGUCGUUGUGGCUUUGCUCUUUAAACCUGUUCGUUGAAUCUGUUCUGUAUUUUCAUAUACAGCAACAAAAUGUCUUUUGUUGAAGGAAGCAUGACCAUCUACAGACCCAUCAGGGUGUUGUUUGACACACCCAUAUAUGAGCGGGCUCUGCAGAUCUGCUGGCACUCACCCUCUUAUAAGUCUAUGAUUGCACUGAUGUCUCAGUUGUUGAGGCUUCAGCAGAAAAAACAGCUCCCAUCUGAGGUGACUGCUGAAAAUAUGAGUGAGCUGCUGGUUGAGCAGAGCAAAGAGACACUGAGAGUACAGCUCUGGGAGUUUGAACUGGACGGUUAUGAUGCUGACGUCAGGCCUCUUCUUCAGCUGGUGUGGGAGGUGAACAACAGCAUGAAGAUGAGAGACAUUGAGUUUGAAGCCAGAAGGCUGCUCAGCUGUCCAGAGGCCGUCCCUCCUCAUUUUCAACAUCCCAAGAUCAUCAGCCAGGCCCUGAAGUAUGCCGGGAUCCUGACCGAGCAGCAGCAAAAAGGCCCCAAGUCCAAACUGCUCUGCCCAAUGGAGGUGGUGUUAAAGGUGCUUCCAAAAGUCCUGCAGGGCUUCUGGUUGCCCCCUCCAAACACCUCCUUCAACAUGCCCUCCCAGCAGCUGAGUAAAAUGGCUGUUGGGGUGACAAAAGCAGUCCAGGACCGGGUAUCCAAGGCUCUGUCCUCCGUGCUCCUUCAGGCCACUUUCUCCUCCUCCAUCAGAGACAACAUGGUCCUGUCUAUCCAGGAAAAGGUUAGACAGGGUUACCCUCAAGACGUCCUGGUGAAGCGGCUCAACAGCUUUGCAGCAGAGGUGCUGAACACCAUCACUGAUGUUGCAGUGAGAGAGAUAUGUGCGCUGUUUCAGCCUCGGACUCCACAAGCUGUUCAGACCCCCUCUGAUGAACCUCCUGCACAAACUGCCGUCCAGAAUGACUUUGACAGAAGCCUGGAUGAAACUGAACCAGAACCAGAGCCGGCUGUGGUUUCCACUCCACCACGUCCUCUGACCACCUCUGAUGAACUUCCUGCCCACACUGCCAGUCCAGAACCAGACUCGGCUGUGGUUUGUACUCCAUCAUGUCCUCUGACCACCACUGAUUAACUUCCUGCCCACACUGCCAGUCCAAAACCAGACU